GAGUCGACGGGGCCCCUGGACAUUCUCCUCACCACCACCACCACCAUCAGCCCGGGGCGGCGGCGGCGGCAGCGGCAGCCGCCGCCCUCGGCAGCCUGGAGAGCCGCAUUCAGGACUUCCUGCAGGGUGGGGGAUUCCCCGGCCUGGCCGCCGCCGGAGGCCUCCCGGACUUCGCCGCGGGCACGGGGGCGGGGGCCCUGCCGGCAGGCGGCGGGUCCACGCCAGUCCGCGACGAGGUGGGGGCAGGAGGAGGAGGAGGAGGAGGGGGAGGAGGAGGAGGGGGCGUUGGUGGAGCCACCCCGACCCAGGACGAGAGGGAGCCCAACGCCGCCUCCGCCGCCUCCGCCGCCUCCGCCGCCUCCGCCGCCUCCCCGGUUCCCCUGGAGCAGAAGCAGCCCCAGCGGAGGCUCAAGCUGGCCGAGUGGAGCAGAGGAUGGGGCCGGAGCGCCAGGGCCUCCUGUUCGGCAAGCCGGCGGCCGCCGCCGCCGCGGCCGGCACCGUGGCCGCCGCGACCGACGGCGGCGACGGCGGCGGCGACGGCGGCGACGGGGUGCCCGGCCGUGCCGCGACCCACGCCCCCGCCGGGUCCCCGGCCGCGCCGGCGUCCGGCACCGGCCCGGCUAA